AUGGCGGUGUGCUGGCUCUUGUGCGUCGGCGUCUUCUCUUACCUCCUGUCAGCUGAACGCGUUGCCGACAAGCGACUCCUGGACGAGGCCGACAGCUUUCUGACUCGACGUCACGGGGCGAGGGAGUUUGAGCAGCGGGAGAAGCAAGCCAAAGCACAGCUUGCUGUUCUCGGAGUGCAGGAGACAUCAAACGGCACCCGAACGGAAGCCAAGGUCGGCCUUCCGAAGUGUUCGGGCGGUAUCCUCCAGCUCGACGGAGUCUACGAGGUGAAGAAGCAGGAGGAGGUCCUCGUGGAGGGGCCUUCGUGCCGAGUGACGGGGAGUGCCGAGCUGCUCCUUUGGGCUCCCGUGCGCUUCCAGGGCAACCUGGUCCUCGCAGGGCAGCUGAAGGUAAAGGCUGCUGGCGACGGCGGCAGGGUCAACGCCUCGUGCAUCGCCGUCAACGGCAACUUUGCAUUGCACCCAGAAGCUCGCCUUAGCAUUGAAGGCUGCAAUAACGUGGCUGACAAGGGUGAUGCAGGCAAAAAAGGAGGCUGCCUGCACGUCGGCCGUGAUGCCGAACUUUUGGGCGGCCAGUUGCUUCUGCGGGAAUGCACUGCACAAAAAGGGGGAGGCGGCAUCUACGUCGCAGGCCGGACCGACAUUUGCUGCUUUGACCUAGAAAAACGCCAUCUUCGAACGCUUGCGCGUGAAAAGCUCUGA